GCUUAUUGUCUGUGCAAGUUCACCCACACUGCUCACUCCUGUCUCCCAUGUCCCAGAUGACGGUCUCUUGAUCGCAGCUUAACUGAGCCUGACGAGCCAAGGGAGAGACACACUCAGACAGCCCCACAAUCCACAGUCAGGAGCAUCCCACCCCAAGGAGCGAUGCCACCGGUACCCAGGCAAUACGAGAGGCUGCCCCAGCCCUGUGUGUGAGAGCCAGUGUGCUGGGGACCCUGCACCCCAACUCUGACCCCAUGUCCUGCCCUGAGCGGAGCAUCGGUGGAUGCAGAAAACAGCUCAUUAUUCAGUUGCAGCUGUUGGGGCUGAGCAGCAGAGAUUGGGAACCAUUUCACAGCACCCGAUCCUGAACCGUUCAAGCCAUGACAAGGCAUGCUGGGCUUCGGGUGGCUUUUACUCGUUCAGAGAGUUCACCCAGCCUUGGGAAAAGGGUGAAAUCAGAGUAAUUUAAAAGAACAUCCUUGUGCUGUAAGCAGCGCAGCGUGCGGCACAGCCCUGAACAUGACCACAGAGGGUUUUGCAGAGCUCUUGAAUAAGCUCAAGGAAAUCCAUGAGAAAGAGGUCCAAGGUCUCCAAAGCAAGCUGACGGAGCUGACGACGGAGAAGUGUCGCGAUGCUCAGAGAAUUGAAGAGCUGUUUGCUAAAAAUCACCAAUUAAGGGAACAGCAGAAGGUCCUUAAAGAAAAUGUAAAGGUAUUAGAAAACAGGCUGCGAGCGGGUCUCUGUGACAGAUGCAUGGUCACCCAGGAGCUGGCAAAAAAGAAGCAGAAUGAGUACGAGACCUCCCAUUUGCAGAGUCUGCAGCACAUCUUCAUCCUCACUAACGAGAUGAACCGCCUGAGGGAAGAGAAUAAAACUCUCAAGGAAGAACUGAAGAGCCUGAAGGAAAGCACAAAGCCCCCAGGAGUCACCUCCAGAGAAAGCAGUUCCACCUCCAGCUCUCCCUUGGCUUUACUAUCCCCAGAGAGCAGGAAUGCUAGCGUUGAGAAAGCAGCUCACAGGGGAGCAGAAGAAAUCCACCAUGAAGCUCCAGGCCUCGAGCUGGGAGAAGAUAAGCCUGCAGGACAGAGAAGCCCUCCAAGCAGCAGGACUUCCCCAAGCACUGUCCUCCAAGAAGUCAGCCUCGCAGAAAUUGCAUCCCAGAGGAUCGCCAACCAGCUGCAUGGAACCAUUGCCCUGAUGAGACCCAGCUCCAGACCCUGCCUCCUGGAGAAAAGUCCUUCAGGGUCCGCAGUGUCCCCACCGGCAAGGAAGACUACUCUCCCACUGGAGCGUGAGCACAGCCCCAACCUUGAGGCUUAUUUAACAGCAAGCAAGCUGGACACCCCCAAGGUUGCUCCAUCCUAUGAAAACCUGAAAACCCGGAGAGAGCAGAUCUGCCUCCUCCACAAGCAGCUCUCCCUGCACCAGCUGGGGCUGGUGAGCAAUUGUGUCUCAGCCGACCAGGACAGCAGCAGCUUCUCAAGCCAUUUGCUCAGGGUCAAAGACACUGACAGCAGGACACAGUCGCGCGAUGGCUGGGAAGAUCGUGCCGCCUUGCUGAAGCUCCCUGCUGCCAUGAUGUAUGCGAGGGAUCAGCACCUGGAGGAGAAGCUGCGCCUCCUCAAGCACAGGGAGCGGCUGCAGCAUUUCCUCAUGCAGCAGUGCCAGCCAGGCCAGAGGGGAGAUAAAGAUCCAAAACUCACACCUGAGGAGCGGCCCCUCUCCCCAUGGCCAAGCAUCAUGCUGGGAUGCAAGGGGGAAGGGUCCUUCCUAGAGAAUGCCAUGGAUGGGAAGGAAGAGAAAGAGCUUUGGCUGAGCCAGGAGGCCUCUAAGCUUCGAGAAAAAGUAGAGGCAUCAAGGGAUGAUGCUGCAGAUGCGCCUCUGGAUCUGUCAGAUGCCGGCCGUUGCAGGGAAAUGUGCUGGCACAGUCGCCAGGAGGCACGAAGGGCCAGCAGCCCACGGCUGAGCCCCAAGGAGAACCCUUCCAUACCUGCAGUCCAUGGCCCCUGCAGGAGACACAGGGUGGAGAUUAAUGACUUGCGCUUCCCCUACCACUGUCCCAACGCCUCCCAGGUACUGCCUGGUGCUGUCAAGGAGGAAAAGGAGGAGGAUGAAGCUGUGCUCACUCUUUCACGGACACAUCUGACAAACAAAUCCAUGUCGAGCAACCCAGAGGCCCUUCCAGAGACCGGGGUGAGACUGGCUGUCAGUGCAGAGAAGGAAGAACCAGAUGACGAUGGUGCCGAGUCUGGGAAGCAGGAAUCCGAUGAGGCAGACACAACGGACAGCGAGGUGGCUGCCCCAUAUGAGGAUGAAGUCCUACAAGAAGCUCAGUCUGAAGGGAAAUAUUUUUGCACCAAAGACAAAGCUCAUGCACUGCAGAAGAAGAGAAAAAGAGGACAGGAUGCCUGGACAAAAGGAGCUAAGAAGUCAAUGAGAGGAAGAAAGAAAGUCAAAGCAGAGCCGUGCUCAGCAGGGAUCACAAAGGAAUCAGAGAACUGUUCCAUUUCCCACAACGAUACCUCUGAGGACAGCUAACGGCAGGGCAAGAUGAGAAGCAAUACGGACACUGCAGACCAAAGGAGAAGGCUUGGAGACCUCAGCAUCUCACCUGUGCUGGGAGAGCAACUUCUCCGGCCAUGCUGGCCGGGCAGUAGGGGAUUCAUAAGGACUCAUUAAUGAGUAGAGCACCAUCAAAAUCCUUACUUGGUGCCACGGGAGAGGCUGGACAAAGAAGAAAAGUGCAGGUGAUGCCUGGAGCAGCCAGGUCACUGCUGGUGGAGCAGCCAGGUCACUGCACCAGCAGUGGUGGAGCAGCACAUUCAGUGACACACAGUCCUGCACCAGAGCUGACCUCACACUGCUGCUAGGAUGAGGAGAUGCUCUCUUUGCAGUGCUGACUUGGGGCCAGGACUGUGUUUUCUCUGGGAUUGCACGCGAGUAGAAUGGACUACCCAGAACCAGCUCCCCAUGUACAAUGUCCUGGUGGCUGUCCCGAGGGUGGUGACCAUGCUGAACACUGCAGGUCCCCAUGCACAAACCUGCAUUGAUUAAAUCCCUACCCAGGUUUCAUAUAUGUGUGCACCUUGUUUAACCUGGAGAGAGCCCCUGCUUUGCUUUUGUAGUUAAGUGAGGAGCAAGCAUGUGGGCAGGCAGGUAGGACACGACUCUGGAGAGGGCAGGCACGGGAAGGCUUGUGGGCUGCCUCUCCCCCAGGUGUCUUGCAUGCCUGGAAAAGGCAGGUGUGUGAGACCCAGCUGGUACCAGCUCAGCAGUUUACACUGACCUUGGUGGAACUAUUGACAGCUUGUUUUCUUGUGGAUAAACUGUUGUUAAACAAUUUUUUCAGAUAUGUUAAGCAUGGGUAAGUUUUCCUUCAAUAUCAAGUGGCAGGGGAUGGCAUGGCAUGGCAUGGCAUGGCAUGGCAUGGGCUGCAGAGAGCAUCCCUGCAGCCACAACAUUGCCCCAGGAGCCAGGCUGGAUUGUUCCUAGCAUAUGUGCAAAUAACAGGGUUGAAACAGAGAGAAGAGAGCAGAGGAUAAGUGCGAGAGACAAUACCUGUUGUCUGGUGCACCACCACUUCCUUUACUCACAGUUAUUUUUAUUUAAAUGUAGUUAUUUUGAAUCGAUUCACAGGAACAAAGGGCAAAAUGCAACAAGCCAAGCGCCCAGCCUUUUCAAAAGCAUCCUUUCUGCACACCCUACAGCAAGUUCCCACCACCCCCAAGCAAAUAGGCAGCAAAAAAUGCAUCCCAAAAAAGCCCCAGAGGCAAGGGAGCAGGGGCAGGGAGCUGGGUUCAGCCUUGCCUUGGGCGGCUGGAGGGCUAAUUCAUCCUAGCUCAAAGCAGUCAUUGGAUCAUAGAUGUGAAGUGUGGAACAGAGCCACAGCUGCUGCCUUCCCCGUUUGAUCCUGGACAGCCAGCACGGCGUCUGUCUCUUGCUCAUGUUGGCGUGCAGGGGGCACUAAUACCCAGAGCAUCUCUGAAUGUGCAUGGUGAGCUGGACAAAUCAGUCUAUUAAAAAUACUCCAUCCAGAAGAAAGAAAGAAACAAACAAAAAGUCGUGGAAAUGUAAUCCUGUAAAGAGGCCCCUCGGACUGCAGGGAGACAGCCUGGGAUCAGGAAAACAGAAGGAGGAAGGGAAUUUUAUGCGACUAUAUUAUAAUCCCCUCCCUACA